AUGUAUUUUGAUUCAAGUUUACGCUUGCACUACCUCCGACAAAGUGUGGUUGGCAAAAACGUGCAUCCGCCUCCAACUCCAUCCGAGACGUUUCCAGUGUACGCGCAACUGGACAGCAAAGGCGAGUAUUUCCUCUUCUGGAAGUUCAAUAAAACUCAUAUCACCUUCGAGACGCACGUGAAGACGCUUGGCUACGUCGGUUUCGGUAUUUCACACAAUGGUGACAUGUACCCCGCGGACGUCGUCAUUGGAUGGGUUGACAACGGCAAAGUCCAUUUCAAGGACCGACACACUCUUGGACACUACGAGCCUAUCAUAGAUGAUUCCCAGGACUGGACUCUGUUGGCAGGAUUCGAACGCGGUGAACACACGGUCCUCAAGUUUGUCAGAGCUCUUGACACGUGCGACGACAAACAGGACAUCAAGAUAACGGAUGGAACUGUUAGAGUUAUCUACUCUUACCACCCAGACGAUCCACAGCACGAGACAGGACUCACCUACCACGGCGGUGCCAGUCGAGGCUCAAAGAGCCUCAUGCUCCUCGAUGAAGUUCCACAGGGAAAACAAACUCCACCCGAUACAAAGCAUUUUGACUUCAUCAAUAAGAAGUUCGUGAUCCCCGCACAGAAAACGUUUUACCAUUGUACGGCCUACAGACUACCAUCUCUAGCACGCAAACAUCACAUGUUCAAGUGGGAGGCCAUCUUGCAGCCUGGGAAUGAGGACCUAGUUCAUCAUAUAUUGGUGUACACGUGCCCUGGUCACAUCGACCCGUCACGUGACGGAGCGUCGUACGAGUGCUACGAACACCCGCCACACGAUCUUAGAAGAUGCAAUCGCGUCUUUAUAGCUUGGGCCGUUGGUGGCGAUGCAUUCACACUCCCUGACCACGUGGGGAUCUCCAUAGGAACCCCAGAAGACGCACAGUUUGUGGUGCUCGAGACACACUACAACAACCCAGGCAGAAGGCAGAACGUGGUUGACAGUUCUGGUCUGCGCAUGUUCUACACGCCAACCCUGCGCCAAUACGAUGCCGGCAUUCUGGAGACUGGGGUCAUGGUACACGAGCUACAGAUGAUACCCCCAGAAUUCGACAACUUUGUGUCCAAGGGGAUCUGUAAUCAACAGUGUGUGAGCAGGAUGACCGGUGCCCACAGCGGAGGUGUGAAGGUCAUUGCAGCAUUUCUGCACGCGCACCUUCUGGGCAUGGGCGUAACGACUCGACACUUCCGGAAUGGCACGGAGCUGGCGCCAAUUAUGAAAGAUGAGCAUUACGACUUUGACUUCCAGGAGUACCGACUGCUCAAAGAAGAACGGCUUAUCACCAAGGAUGACGUUUUGCAAACGGAGUGCUACUACAAAUCUCGUGGUUUGAAUCGUUUCACUUAUGGCGGUCUAAGUACUUCGGACGAGAUGUGUCUGUCGUUCUUGAUGUACUACCCCAAGGUUCCCGUGUUCGCGUGUCUGUCCGUCCCGAUAUACAGCGAGUACCGGUCGACACAGGACAGGUCCGACUCGGCACUCCGUAGAUACCUCCAGACACUGGACUGGACCAACUCUACCGUGCGGAACGAGUUUCAGAAACACACGGACGAUAGUCUGUACUACCUGGAGUGCAGAGAGAACCACAUUCACCAUAAGGGCACAACUGAAAAUCCACCAAAGAUUCUACAUCCAUAUACAGAACCUGUCAACUCUGCCUGUUCCAAUCACUAAACAUCAAUUAAUCGUUUUUGUUAAAUUGAAUUAUUUAAAAAAAUAAUAAUAAUAAAACAAUUUUUAUGUUUUAA